AGGUGUUAGGACGGAUAUUCUGAAUGAAAAAAAUCAGGCUCCAAUCCACCUGGUGACAGAGCUCGAUAGAGUGACCGUUUUAGAGGUGAUGGGACGAUAUAAGGAAAAAAUCGACAUCGAACAAGGUGGGGAACACGGAAGAACGGCUCUUCACAUCGCUGCAAUUCACGAUCAUGAAAGAUGUGCAAGGACUCUGAUAUCUGAAUUUGGGGCUUCUCCGAAUAAACCAUGCAACAACGGUUAUUACCCGAUUCACGAAGCAGCAAAAAAUGCGUCUUCCAGGACUUUGGAAGUUUUUCUUCAGUGGGGAGAAUCUCGUGGAUGUAGCAGAGAAGAAAUGAUUUCAUUUUAUGAUUCAGAAGGCAAUGUUCCUCUCCAUUCAGCUGUUCAUGGAGGAGAUAUUAAAGCCGUUGAACUGUGUAUCAGGUCCGGUGCAAAAAUUUCUAUACAACAGCAAGAUCUGUCCACAGCAGUUCAUCUUGCAUGUGCCCAAGGGGCCAUUGACAUAGUGAAAUUGAUGUUCAACAUUCAACCAGAAGAAAAAGUGUCUAGUCUGCAGUCUUGUGACAUUCAGAAAAUGACGCCUCUCCACUGCGCAGCAAUGUUUGAUCAUCAUGAAAUCGUGGAAUAUCUAAUUCAGGAAGGAGCUGAUAUAAAUGCUAUGGACAAAGAGAAAAGGUCUCCAUUAUUGUUGGCCGCCUCAAGAGGUUGUUGGAGAACGGUUCACACAUUAAUUCGACUUGGGGCCAAUAUAAAUCUCAAAGAUGUCAGCAAAAGAAAUGUUCUUCAUCUGAUUGUGAUGAAUGGAGGUAGAUUAGAAGAAUUUGAAGCAGAGGUAAGGGCAAUAAUAAUGGUCAUAUACGGACGAUACAAUACUGUGAAACAACUCAUUGACUCCGAAAAAGGAACUUUCAUCAUAAAUGAAAGUGAUGGGGGUGGAUUGACACCUCUACAUAUAGCUUCACAACAGGGUCAUACAAAAGUAGUUAAAUUAUUGCUAGAUAGAGGAGCUUUGUUGCACAGGGACCAUAAUGGAAGAACUCCUUUACAUUUGGCGGCCAUGAAUGGUUAUACACAAACGAUUGAGUUGUUGCUUUCAGUACAUUCUCAUUUGCUAGAUCAAACUGAUAAAGACUUGAACACAUCACUGCAUCUAGCAACAACUGAAAAUAAAUCGAACACUAUUAGACUACUCCUCAAUCUGGGAUGUAAACUCCUUUAUAACCAAAUGGAGAUGAGUGCCAUAGACUACGCAAUUUAUUAUAAAUUUCCUGAAGCAGCCUUGGCGAUGGUAACACAUGAUAACAGAGCACAAGAAAUAAUGAUGCUCAAAUCUAACAAACAUCCUUGUAUUACUCUAGCGUUGAUUGGUGCAAUGCCUGAAGUUUUCGAAGCAGUACAAAAUAAAUGUAUAACAAAGGCAGAGUGCAAAAAGGACUCAAAAUCGUUUUAUAUAAAAUACAACUUUACAAUUUUGCAAGGUCCUGUUUCAUCCGACCAGGAAAAUGUUACUAAGCUCGCACCCCUACCAGCCCUUAACGCAAUGGUAACUCAUGGACGAGUAGAACUAUUAGCCCAUCCUCUAAGUCAAAAAUACUUACAAAUGAAAUGGAACUCCUAUGGAAAAUACUUUCAUAUGGCUAAUGUUUCAUUCUACUGUAUCUUUCUAACAUUUGUUACCUCCUUCUCAUCUCAGUUAAUGGAGCAUCAAAAUGGAAACUACUCGAUCAACAACACAAGUAUAAGCCAUGAACAAUAUGUUCAUCUCAGCAAGGAAAAUAUCCUAAUGGUCGAAAUUAAUCCAGUGAUGUACAUGAAUGGAUUGGGAAUAAUUACUUACAUUGGAAUGAACGUUUUCAGAGAACUGUUGCAAUUACAUGAUCAGAAACUUAUUUAUUUCACGAACCCCAUGAAUUUGCUUACCUGGUUAUUAUAUAUGUCUGCCCUGACAAUGGUGUUACCAAUAUUUAUGAGCACAAUGUGUGACCUUCAGUUUUCUUGCGCAUCGCUCACUAUUUUCAUGAGCUGGUUCAAUCUUCUACUAUUACUACAAAGAUUUGAUCAAGUUGGAAUAUAUGUAGUUAUGUUCCUGGAGAUACUGCAAACACUCAUCAAGGUUCUAAUGGUUUUUUCCAUUCUCAUAAUUGCAUUUGGUUUAGCGUUCUACAUUCUUCUUUCGAAA